CCGAGCGACACACAGACUAUUUUCCAAGAACUUUUUUGAUGUUUGUGUUUAUUAAUUUUAAUCGAGUUGAAUGUCAUUUCAAUAUUGUUGUUUAUUUCAAUAAUAUCAAGUUUUUACCAAUAAAGAUGACCAGCAAUGACGAAGGUUCGAUGCAAUGGCAGUCCCCCGUGUGCCAGUGUUGUCUUUCGUCCACUCAGCGCUUCUACAAGGAGGUGGCAAGUGAAUACUUCUGGAUGGGCGAGAAGGAAGUUUAUGAAGAUAUGUUGCUGAAAGUGUUUAGUAUUUCUUUGACAUCAAAUGAGAUAGAUCCCCGUAUAUGUGAGUUGUGUGUCAACAAGCUGAGAGACGCUUCCACCUUCAAGAAGCAGGUCUUGAGAAGCCAGGAGACACUUGCCAGUAGAGUUGUAGGUGACACAUUGGAUAAUUUGAUUAAAGAUGAGAAUGUUAAAGAAACUUCAGCUAAAAGUAUGGAUCCCUUUUAUAGAGAUGAUCAUAACAUUGAUGAUACAUUUGAAGGUACAAGUGAACCGAUGACUCCUGGUGUCGAAGUGAAGGAAGAACCGGAUACUUCAGAGAACCUCAGAAUAAGUGAUGAAGAGACUGAUGAUGUGAAACGCUGCUAUCCAGCCGACAGCAAGCGCGUGACUAGAUCCAGAAGAAAUAAAGUUCAAAAGUCAAGUGAGAGAUGCGAAAAUAAAGGAAAGACUAAAACAAAGAAGCCUGAUAAAUGUAAAAAUGUUAAACAGGAACCACUGGAAAAUGACAACGAUAAUCAACAGAUCCUGAAGGAAUCACAAAUGAAAAACACAACUUUGACAUUACUAAUGCAUUCUAACAUAACUUUAUUUAACUGGGACAAGAAUAAAUAUAGAUGCUUCUUCUGCAAAGAGCACUUUCUAGACAAACAGCUGUUAAAGAGCCACGUUAAAGCGCAUAAAACAGAUGAAGUUAAGAAAAUUGUUCAAAAAUCCAAACCAAAUAAUUCCUACAGAGCCGAAAUAUCAGAUUUACAAUGUUCCGUAUGCGCUGCGCCGAUGGAGAAUCUACAACAACUAACAUCGCAUUUGAUAAAAAAUCACGAUGUUAGUUUAGAAACAGAAGAAUCACUUUUCAUGCCUUUUCGUAUCGAUGAGACUGCGUGUCAGGUUUGUAAUGUAGACUUCCAUUGUUUCGUCAAGUUAGACCAACACAUGACCACGCAUUUCAGCAAAUGCAUAUGUGAUACAUGCGGCAAAGGAUUUAGGCACGCGACGUCACUAAAAUCGCACAUAAACACCCACUUGAAAAGAAAGUACGUGUGUAAAAAGUGUCAAAUUACUUUUGUCAGCAAGUAUCAGAAAUACAUGCAUAAUGUGAAGGAGCAUAAGAAUAAAUUGACUAACAUGUGUCCUUAUUGUCCAGAACGGUUUUCACACUAUAAUGCUAGGCUCAGACACUUGGCAGAGAACCACGGAUGUAAAAUGCCGGAGUUUAAAUGUCCGCAGUGCGACAAAGUGUACAUAACGAACGCACUAGUCCGCUCCCAUGUGCGCAAGAUUCACAUGUGUGAGAGAAACUACGAGUGUGAUAAGUGCGGUAAUAAAUAUAUGAGGAAAUCGGAGUUAAGCGAUCACAUGAAGUCUCAUAUUCGUGCGAGGGAUUUUGUAUGUUCGUUCUGUGGUAAAGGCUUCUUUAGGAAGCGGAGUCUGAACCAUCAUUUGGCUAUUCACGUGGAGGAGUAUCGACACGAGUGCAAUAACUGCGGGAAAACAUUUGCGCAGAAGUAUAGCAGAAAUGUGCAUCGGAAGCGAUGUCAAGGGAUGAAAAAGAGUUGAGAAAAAUGGUCUUCGUGUUAACUGAUGUAUAAGAAACCCAGUCGCAGCCAUCGACUGUAAGCCGUAAGGUUAGUUAUUUUGAUAUUAUCUACAAAUAGGUGAUUAUCUCGUUCUUCAUGUAAAUAAAAACGAAAGCAGAUGAUAUAAAAAUUCAUUUCAAUCUAAAUAGCCUAAGAAACCGUAAAAUCUGAUACAGUUAAUUAAUUCUUGCAAAUAAUAAAAAAUAUAAAUUGUAAAAAUA